UAAUAUAUAACUCAUCAAAUAUGUCUUCCCUGGGAUUGACAAAUCAGGCUUCCACUGUCCUGCGCGCUCUACGCCCGCGUUGUCUUCGUCCGUCAGCCGUCUCGGUCUCCUCUGCCAGAUCUCUCACUACUCGAGCAUCUACCCUCACUUUCACUGUCUCGCGCCCACGCAUCUCCGUGCCCAAAAACUACAACAGCUUCGCUAAACGCGCCUUUUCAUCAUCCCCUACCGUCUUCUUUCACCCCUCAGCCGCAAAAAUGGGUGCCUCUGAACACGUCCCCCCCAUUACCUCUAAGGCCGAAUUCCAGGAGAAGGUCCUGAACGCCAAGGGCUUCGUCGUCGUCGACUGCUUCGCGACAUGGUGCGGUCCCUGCAAGGCCAUUGCGCCCACCGUUGAGAAAUUCGCCCAGACCUACACCGACGCUUCAUUCUACCAGAUUGAUGUUGACGAGCUCUCCGAGGUUGCCGCUGAGCUCGGUAUUCGCGCCAUGCCUACUUUCCUUCUGUUCAAGGAUGGCCAGAAGGUUAGCGAUGUGGUUGGUGCCAACCCCGGUGCGCUCGAGGCCGGUAUCAAGGCUCUGCUUGCUUAGAUCAUUGUCUAGCGGUCAGAACGGGAUUGUCCCCUAAUUCUUGAGAUAUGCAAAUGUUCGAUUAUUUUUUGCUAUAUGCAGACUCUGGUCUGUAUGAAACGUUACUCAUCCCUGACGUAUCUUGUUUGUGAAGUAUGUUUGUAUAUUUCGUGGCACUCUCGAAUGAACGAAGGAUCCACUCGGCUUCUCCCGCAGUGUAUAGCUUCGUAGUCAUGCUCUGCGGCAUAGAAAGCCGAGCAUUGCGGAAAUAUCAGACGAUCUAUGCACUUAUAUAAGACUCGGAGCAUUUAUGCGCUAGACACUGGGAGGGAACGCCCUAUUGACGACGACCCAUGGUAGAGGUUUCCGCUACCAUAAACAUAGGGAGUAUCUCGACGACUUGCGCUCUAUAACAUAGACUGGAAGGUACCCCGUACAUAAGCUUCAUUACUGAACUAAAGUCUUCGCUUGAGCCCCCCAUAUGACAUGUACGUAUAACCAAGAAAUCAUAUCAGCAUAGUUGUAAAGCGAUGCUACUAUAAUAGAACAUAUACGCCAAUAUCAGCGCAAAUCGAUUGCUCAUGUAAGCUCAUAUGGAGCUUCCGA